AUGAGGGUUAGGAAGAAAGGGAAGUUAAGCCCAAAGUACAUAAGCCCGUAUGAGAUCAUUCAGAAAGUGGGAAAAGUGGCAUAUAAGUCGGAUUUUCCUAAUCAGCUGGAAAUGGUUCACAACGUGUUACAUGUGAGUCAAAUUCGAAAGUAUGUACCUGAUGUGACACAUGUGUUACAACCUGAAACAAUUGAGAUGGAUGAGAAAUUGACCUAUGAGGAAAGACCAGUGAAGAUUUUGGAUACUAAAAUAAGAAGCAUAAGGAACAAUGAUGUGAGAGUUGUGAAAGUGUUAUGGUCGAACCAUAAAACUGAGGAGGCUACAUGGGAAGAUGAGGCUGAUAUGAGGAAACGUUACCCAGAACAGUUUGACUAA